GUGCGUGGCUGGCAUGUGGAGGCUCUGUCCGGGCAGCGUGGUUUGCGACGUGGUACAUAGGCAGGCGGCGAAGCAUACUGGCCGGCUGCGUGCAUCUCCCAAGUCGUCUGUGGCGUGCCAUUCUUGGCUUCGUGCGGGAGGUUAAGGAGAUGGAAGAUUAAUAUGGGCCAAUGUGAGAGACAGAGAGAGCAAGUGGAAGACCACUUAAAUCAAAUUCUGGUGGCCAGCAUUAGCUCCAGAAUUAGUUCAGGGUAUCAAUUCUGUUCCAAUGAUUUUUUUUUUGUUUUUUAGGUACCAAGUACCUAAAUAAACAUUAGCUCAGUGUAUGGAGUAAAUUGAAAGGAUUCUCGCCCGCAAUUUUUCUAAAGGAUUCUAAUACACAAUAUGCAUUCAAGUUCCUCGAGGGUAUGUCCACCUCAACUAUGGGGAGGCGCUCGAAGGGAUGAGCCCCUGCUCUGGGGAGAGAGUAGAGGGCAUGUUGGGCGCUGCUGCUGGAGGGGAUUACGACGUGGGCUUGCUGGAGCUGCUGCUGGCUAUUCCUGCUAGAGAGAGAGAGAGAGAACAGAGAAGGAGAGAUGGAUUCGAACGCCUGCUGAUCUGGUUUUGUGGAGAAAAAAGAGAGAUAUGUCAGGAAGAGAGAGAGCUGAGAGAUGCAAGAUAGAGAGAGCACAGAGGGAUGGUGAUUGCUGGACAUUCAGUUGUUUCGCUCAUUGCCAUGCCGCAAGUUUCCGACAUUGCCGUGACUGCACAUUGUCGACUUCGUUGGAAAUCCGUGUGCACGUACUCCACCAUCUGCCGGAACUUCUUCUGACCUGAGAUACAUACUACAGUCUCAUCAAUUUGCAUCUGUCAUCAACUACUAAUUGAUUAUGUAUGUUCUUUAGUAUAUGCUUUGUAAGCUCUGAAUAAGUCAAUGCCUAAAAGGGUCACGAUAUUGCUUUUCCAUGCCCUUCAGUUUUCUCAAUUUAGUUGGCUACCUGAAUUUCCACUAUGUUAAUUCUUUCAUGUGCAAUUUCUCAGUGGUGUUCAUGUAAUUACCAUGCAGCCUUUCUUAGCAGUGCCUAACAUUUGAUUGAUGUGCUUACAUAGAACUGGAACUGUUUUGGAUUUUGUAAGGUUGCGGAUAACAAGCCAGUGAGCGCUGAUGAUUCAGUUAGAACCUGCAUUUUCUUGACCUCUAGGCUCUAGCCACCUCUACUCUCUUCUGAUCCCGCAUUCCCAAUUUGGGAGCUAGCUCUAGUCAGAGUUCAUUUCAGUGAACGGCUUUGUGCUGACCUUGUGUCGGAUGAAGAGUUGGCAGGAAUAUAGUCCAGCUAUGAAAUUACCCGCUGUUCGACUGUAGGGUUUAUGUCGAUGGCACUGAAAUCGGCAAGAUCAUCUUACCCGUGGGAGCACCCGGACAACAUUAUCCAGCUAGCAGCUACAUAAUCAUCCUUUUCCAUGGAAUUCGGGCCUUAUGCGGCCUUCUGUAAUCAAUAUAAUCACCAUGACUCUGUAUUCUUCUUCUCAAUUUCAGGGCGGAACAUCGGCGAACUUUUCAAUCAGAGCAUGCAUCUGCCGUGGAUAUCUCCGUCAGAUAGGCGUACGACAGUCUCUGACGAGCUAUGCUUCCUACUUGGGAAACCAGGCUUCAGAGUUCAUACCGGCUGUCAUCAAGGCGAAUCAAGGCUUCUCGGCAAGCUGUUCGCGAUCUCGUUCCAGAAUGUAUGCAAGGUCAGCCUUUUGUAUUGCAAUUUCAUGCUUGGAUAUCCAAUACUAAGCAGGGUUUUAGGUACAUAGUGGCACUUCAGAAGAAGAAGAAGAAAAAAGACGCAGCCGCAAAUCUGAACGGCUCGAGAAGCCCGAGUGCCUACGAGAGCGCUUCAAAUAGCCCCUCCUACCGCUCGUCCGCCAGACCGCCACGGCUAAUUUUCUGAUCAGCCAAUCUCAAGUCCUCUUCCACGCUCUCCCAAGAACCCGCCACCCACACCAAGCAAAUGGAUCCUCGUCGGCGCUUAGGCCGAUCACCACCGCGCAAGAGGGAACGCCAGGCAUCGCCGGCGAACUACAGCAACCGCCAUCUCUGGCGCUCACCCCCACGGGAGCGCGACUUCGCGCCCUCCUGGACAGGCGCGCCUUCUCCUCCUGCGGCCUUCUUGGAGCGGUCGCCCUCACCUCCCCUUCCUCUCCGGCGCUACAUCGAUGACAGCCGCGAGGAGCCCUACGGCCCUCGGCCAAGAUUCGAGCCAUGGCACGUGUCCUCGCCUUCAGGACAACGGAGGGAGGCUGACAGCUUCGGCAAUGGAUUCUUGGGCCAUGAGUGGCCGGAGUACAGCCGCGAGGGCAACUACGGUACGCCUAAGGGAUUCUUGGAGCUUGCUGAUUCUUUCCCGGGGCAGAGUCGUUUCGAUUGCGGCCGUGGUGAUGACUUCAGGCGACCGAACCGCUCCCUGCCGCGGUCGCCAAUGGACUGGGAUUUGCCUCGCGGGCAUUCGCCUUUCUUUGCCGACGAGGGACGCGGUCACGUGCAGUCGCGCGAUGACACGUUCGAUCGCUCCGGCCGCGGCGACGGCUUCGAGGCGGCUCCACGUCCAAGAUCCUUUGAGCGACCACAUCGCACGCCCAUGGAGCCCGGUGCCGAGUUCCCCGAGCGCUCCCAUGCCAUAAUCUUGGAGGGCAAGAGGCGAUGGACACCGUCUCCUCAGGAUCGCCGGCGGGGAGCUCUGUCCCCGGGGUCUGACGGCCAUGACCCCUGGACGCAGCGCUCCAUGGAGAGACUGGGGCAGCAGAGCUCGCCACGUGGAGACCGUGGGGGCUCGUUCCUGGAGACAGGAGACCGUGGGGAGCCCUACCCUUUGGGCCCGCCGCCUCCACACAAUCUCGGGGGCGGCAGAGGGGGCUUCCCACCACGGCGGUUCUUUCGCGGGAGGGGCGGGCUCCAGCAAACUGGGCCGCCAGGCGGCAGCGGACGCCAGCGAUCGCCUCGCCAGAGCUCGGUACUCCCUGCGCUGCGCACUGAGCCUGAAGCGUCGGGACGCAAGGCAUUUCCCCGGAAGAGGUCGGAGAAGCAAGUGGCAGGUGCUAUCAAGUCGACAGGAGUCGAGGAGCCGGAGCGUCCUUGGGAAUCUAAGCAUGAUGAUUCAAAUGGGGCGGUCAGACUCAGACCAGAAGCUGCAGAUAAUGAAGGGGCGAUCAAGCCAGAAGCUACGGUGGAUGAAGGAGAUGGGAGUGUCACCUCUGGUCUGAUUGCAGGGAUGUGCACAGAUGUACAGAAAGGCUACCUCCGUCUCACCGGGCCUCCGGAUGCAACAAAGGUAAGACUUUCAGUGAACUCUAGUUGAAUUGCUACUGGUUUGAGUGUUGUGAAAGAAGAUGCCUUGAAAUCAUAGUUCCCAGAUCCCACUUGCCGUCCAUCUUUUAUCGGACCGUGUUAUUGAUCCCAUGUUGUAGCUCAGCAUCAGUCAUUAGCCGUUUAAUAGCUGCUUGCAGAUUGCAUUGCAUUGUUAGUAUAUCUCCUGGAUAGAAAUUUUCUGCUACAGCCAAACUUGACUAAUGUCUGUCUGCUAUAUUAGAUGUUAGGAAAGAUUUUGUAGCUUCCAUCAUUUAUGUAUGACAUCUGUUUUUUGACUGUAUAUGUAUAUCAAGUGUUCAUUGACUGAUUCUUGUGCAAAUCUGGCUAUGAGCCAUUGAUUUCUGCUCUAGUAUGUCAAAUACUGUAGCUAUACAGUAACCACUACUCUGGAUUUCCUAUCUUAUUUAGUACUAUUAUUUGUGAAGUUCAACUUUCUGAAUGUCAGAGCCAAAUACUGUAGUUAUGCAGUAACCACUACUCAUGUUUCUCUGAAUUCCUUUUCUUCCUUUGAUAUACUUCUAUUUUCCUUUUGCUACUUCUAAACAGCAAUUGACCUCUUUUCCUGUCUUUCAGAUAAGACCAAA